UCUUUGUCCGCUCAGAGACUCAGAGUGAAGAGGAAGGAGGAACAUGUCCGCCGUGCAGCUGCUUCGGGUUUCGGUUCAUGAGCGGAUCAGCGCUGCCGCUGAAGACUUCCUGCUGCAGGUGGAGAGAGGAGGAGGAAAGGCUCAAGUUCCGGAGCUGAGAGCGAUGCUCACCGAGCGACUCGCGGCGGCGGGGGAGCAGAUCCUCGCGGGGCUUGAGGAAAUCUUGUUAGAGUACGAGGACCGAGUGGAGCGGACAGAGCGGUCCGAGCGGGAGAUCAGCCGCCAGAGGAGGCUGCUCGAUGCCGCGAUGCAGCCCGAAGUCCGGCUGCACAGAGCAGUGUGUCCUGCAGACAUCCAGCAACUGAUAGUGAUUAAAGAAGAGGUUCCCCCUGAGGAGCAGCAGUGGAGCCCCCUUGUGGACCAGGAGGACCCAGAGCCCCCCCACAUUAAAGAGGAACAGGAAGAACCGUGGACCAAUCAGGAUGGACAGCAGCUUCAAGGACUGGAGGAGGCUGAUAUCAAGUUCACAUUGACUCCUGUCGCUGUGAAGAGUGAAGAAGAUGAAGAGAAACUUAAAUCGUCAAAGCUUCAUCCGAGUGAGACGAAGGAGAACAGACCAGACUGUGGAGGACCAGAACCAGCCAGGAACUCAGGUCCUGAUGGACGUUUACAACCAGUGUGUCCUGCAGACAUCCAGCAACUGAUGGUGAUUAAAGAAGAGUUUCCCCCUGAGGAGCAGCAGUGGAGCCCCCUUGUGGACCAGGAGGACCCAGAGCCCCCCCACAUUAAAGAGGAACAGGAAGAACCGUGGACCAAUCAGGAUGGACAGCAGCUUCAAGAACUGGAGGAGGCUGAUAUCAAGUUCACAUUGACUCCUGUCGCUGUGAAGAGUGAAGAAGAUGAAGAGAAACUUAAAUCGUCAAAGCUUCAUGCGAGUAAGACGAAGGAGAACAGAGCAGACUGUGGAGGACCAGAACCAGCCAGGAACUCAGGUCCUGAUGGACGUUUACAACCAGUGUGUCCUGCAGACAUCCAGCAACUGAUGGUGAUUAAAGAAGAGGUUCCCCCUGAGGAGCAGCAGUGGAGCCCCCUUGUGGACCAGGAGGACCCAGAGCCCCCCCACAUUAAAGAGGAACAGGAAGAACCGUGGACCAAUCAGGAUGGACAGCAGCUUCAAGGACUGGAGGAGGCUGAUAUCAAGUUCACAUUGACUCCUGUCGCUGUGAAGAGUGAAGAAGAUGAAGAGAAACUUAAAUCGUCAAAGCUUCAUCCGAGUGAGACGAAGGAGAACAGACCAGACUGUGGAGGACCAGAACCAGCCAGGAACUCAGGUCCUGAUGGACGUUUACAACAAGGUACUGAGGACAAGACUGAAGACUCUGCUGAGACUGAAGUCAGUGAGGAUGAAUGGAUGGAGACCAGAGAACCUCAGACUGGUUUAAAUACAAGAAAUAACAAACAGCCUCUAAGUGAUAUGGGAUGUAAGACAGAAAAAAAAUCGUUUAGUUGCUCUGAGUGUGGUAAAAUAUUUAACAAAAGGGGCAAUAUAAAUACACAUAUGAGGAUUCAUACAGGAGAGAAACCAUUUAGUUGCUCUGUGUGUGGUACAAGAUUUAACCAAAAAUGGACUCUAGAAAAACAUAUGAGGAUUCAUACAGGAGAGAAACCGUUUAGUUGCUCUGAGUGUGGUAAAAGAUUUAACCAAAAAUGCAUUCUAAAAACACAUAUGAGGAUUCAUACAGGAGAGAAACCGUGUAGUUGCUCUGAGUGUGGUCAAAGAUUUACGGACAAGGGCAAACUAAAUAAACAUAUGAGGGUUCAUACAGGAGAGAAACCGUUUAGUUGCUCUGAGUGUGGUAAAAGAUUUAAGGACAAGGGCAAUCUAAAUAGACAUAUGAGGAGUCAUACAGGAGAGAAACCGUUUAGUUGCUCUGAGUGUGGUAAAAGAUUUACGGAAAAGGGCAAACUAAAUAGACAUAUGAGGAUUCAUACAGGAGAGAAACCGUGUAGUUGAUCUGAGUAGUAAAAGAUCAAAGAUUCAGUCCUAGUGUACUAGGGAGUGGAUUAAGGAGAGAAGUGAUUCAGUUGCCACCCUAGUAACAAAAGAUUAAUUAGGAUUCAUCAGCAGUUAUUCAUAUUAUACAUAUUAAUAGGUCACUGUUUUAAAAAGACUUUUAACAGUUUUAUGUACCUAGAAAAUGUAACUCAUUGAAUAUCAUGAAAGAUGUGUGUUUAUAUAUCUUGUUUCUAAUGAUUUUUACAUAAUUUAUCUAUUUUUCAUAAUGUCCCUCAUGUCAUUUUAAGGUUAAAGUGUGUUCCUUGCACAGUAUGAAUGUGUUUUCUUAACUAGUUCAUAUAAUUAAAUAUGUUUGUAGUAAAAUAAUGGCUUCUUGGUUCGUGAGAUUCAAUGACGGUGUGUGUUCUCCUUUAUGUAUUGAAUGUGUUUCCAAGAAUAAAAGUCUAAUAAAAAAAUAAUGGCCUCGU